AUGGUUGAAAUCGACAUAAAUAAAGAAAUAGACGACGAUUCGCAAUUUUUGGAUCCUCAAGGCUAUGUGGACAGUAUCACCGACGAAGGUUCCUCAAUUGAGCUUCUAAAUCAUAACCAGUUCCUCUCACAGAACUAGUACCUGAUGUCCUUCACCAGAAGCCCACUCUCGACGAGUUUGAAGAUUGCUGUGUUGUGGUGACUGGUAUCCCCGCAAUUGGAGCUGAGCGAAUCUCCAAACUUCAGGUAUCUUUGCAAUUUUUAGAAAUCUUAUAGAAUCUUUAGGCCGUCUUGACAAAAGUUAUUGAAAAAAUUGACAAACGUGCGAAGCUCUUUGUGCCUACGAAUCCUGAAGGCGGCAGCGUGGUAGUAAAAAAAAGUUGAGAAUCGAAAAAUAAUCAAUAUCUUAAAGGGAGUUCUUUUUACUGAAUGGCCUGAUAAGGAAGUUGCCGAGUUUGCCGUUGCCGGUUUGGAAGGCUAUGCUCUUGACAAGAACCACACCUUCUCUGCAAAACUUUUCUCCGAGGCUAGUAAAAAAUGUUUUAAACGAAGAAAAUUGUUUCUAGAUGCGCAACAUGAAAACUGUGGAUCCCGACUGGAAAACACCAGAGAAAACCGCUUACAAUGACGUGGUAAGUAUCUUGAGAAAAAGUGACUAUCUUUCUUUCUAGUGAAUUCGAUUCUGAGUAGUUUCAUUUAACUAUUUUAAAUAAAUCUUCUUUAAAAAAACUUUUCAUUGGUUUGCUUUUAUGUUUUUCUGAUAAUAAAAAAAAUCAAGUAGUUCCUGAAUUAUAAAUUUUCUAUCCGUAUCUCACGUUCGAAUAGAAAACAAUCAAACUUUAUAAUUUUUCAUUAAUUUAUGAUGAACUCGUGCUCUCUUUAAUAAUCAUGUUUCAGGGAGAUUUAUGGUGGUGGAUGCAGAACGAUCGAUGUCGCGACCAGUUUGCUGUUCAGUACGAUAAGAUCGGAGUUCCUACCGUCAGCGUUUAUUGGCACAUGAAAGGUCAUGAGCCGGAGAUCGCCGGAGAUCCGGCUUCUGUGGCUGAACGAGCGGUUUUAUCCUCAAAAAAAAAAUUCUGAACUCUUUUAUUUAGAACUGGACGGAGUCUGUUUUCACAUGGUCUCCGUACGGUAGCUACAUGGCUACAAUUCACCAGAGAGGUGUAGCCUUGUGGGGAGGUCCGAAAUACGCGAGAUUCCAGCGUUUCGCUCACGAUGCAGUUCAAUUCAUCGAUUUUUCUCCCUGUGAAACGUAUGUUGAUUUUUUCUUUGAUGAGAUAAUGCUAAACCAUUUUUUCAUUAUCUGUUUUACAGUUAUCUGGUCACUUAUGCUGCCCCACAAGACCGUGGACGGUGGUGGGAAGGCGAAGAGGACUGCCUUCGUGUCUGGGAUGUUCGGACCGGAGAACUCAAAAAGUCUUUCUCGCCGUUUGCUCUCACAAAGAGACCUCAACUUCCUUGUUGGCCUUUCUUCAAGUGGGUUUACAUAUAUGUACCAGGAGCAUGUUAUAUUCAAAAUUUUUUUGAAAUAUUUCUUUGCUUUGAAAUAGCGCUACUACAACUAUCCAUCCCUUUUAUUUAGGUGGUCGUUUGAUGAGAAGUUCUUCGCCUGUUUGAAGGCUCCUGAGAAGGACAAGCUGGAGAAGGAAAAGAAGGUUGGUUGAACAAACAUGUUUCUUAUUCACUUUCCAUUAAGAUCGAUGGAAUCUCGGUGUUUGAAACAUCCACCUUCAAUCUCGUUGAUCGGCGACAUGUACUUGUUGAAAACAUAAAACAAUUUGAGUGGUCUCCAACCCAAAAUGUGCUGGCUUAUUAUUCAGAGGUAAGAAUUGAGAUAUCCGAAUGGGAAAGUAGAAGAAGAUUGAUUUCAGUGCACAGAUACUUUGCCAGCCGAGUUUGGACUGAUGCAGGUCCCUCAGCAAACGAAACUUCGUACCGCCCGCAUUCAUAACGUUGCAGAAGCUCAAAUGUUCUGGCAGAAGAGCGGUCGACGGCUCGCGGCAUACACAAUGAGGUUCGUCUGGUUCCGAUAGUCAGACAAAGUUUUGAUUUUGUAGAUACAACAAGAAAACUCUGAAGGAAAGCGGAGAAUUGAAAUACGUAAGUUUAAUCUCCACUAAAUUUCUUUAUUGAAAUUCUUAGGGAGGCUGCUCGUAUCAUGUGGAAAUCUUCGAAAUUGACAAGAAAGACGUUUCUUUGAUGAAUCUUCCACUUCCCGAGCCUUUCAUCAAUUUUGGCUGGGAGCCUCAAGGUUUUCAUUAUUAUCAAUUAUAGUGGUAAUUACUUUUUUUGAAGGCGAUAAGUUUUGCGUUCUCACCGGGAACCAGGCCAAAGCCACUCCUCUCGUUUUCAAGCUGGAAGCCAAUGGUCACGCACCUAAACUGAUGAGCAAGUUGGACGCCGGUGUCCAGUUCAAUGAAGUUUGUUUUCUGAUAUAAUUGAAAACAGACCAGUUUUUGGGAAAACAUUCUAAUCAUCUUAUUUAAACCUUUUCAGGUGAUGUUCGCUCCUCAAGGAGGCUGGUUGGCAGUACUUGCACGACUUUCAACGGGAGGAAAUGUGAUGUUUGUCGACACGACGCUCUCUGAAGCUAAGCGAACAAAUGUUGUCGAGCAUCCUCAGUUCAACAAGGUUUCACAACUGAAUCAUUUGUUAACUAGCUCGAAUUUCUCGAUUAGGGAUAUUGGGAUCCAACUGGGCGCUACUUUGUUACCUGUUCGACUGUGGGCGGGCGCGCCGGCGCCGAUCAUGGAUUCCGUAUUUAUACAUUCCAGGUCUCGUUAGUCUUUAUUUUGCAGUAGUUGUUUUGCUUUUAUAGGGGAGAGAAUUGUGCCGGAAAAACAUGGACCGGUUGUCACAGUUCAAAUGGCGUCCGCGACCGCCAGCCAAACUUUCUGAGCAGAAGCUCAAGGAAAUCAAGAAGAAUCUCAAGAAGACGUCAGCUCGAUUCAUCAAACAAGACGAUGAGGAGAAGUGCCGUGCUAGCCAGGAAGUGGUCGAAAAGAGACGGUUUGUUCUUCAUUUUCUCUCUCAAUCAAUACUAUCUGUUAAAGCGAUCAUGUAUGGAAAUUUGUUCAUUAUUUCGCGCAAAUUUUACGUUUCUAGGCUGAUCUUUUAUUUGACUCCUCAACAGAUUAAAAUGUGUAUGAUAAAUACGAAAAAUGUGUAUGAUAAAUACGAAAAACUAUGGGCCCGCAAUAGUUAAAAAACUUGAGAGGCCUACAUUCGUGAGUUAUUCCUUGUAUGAAAGCGGAGAUGAUUGAGAACAUUCAAUUUAGAUCAUUGCAUGUAGAAAGAAUAUUUCGUAUUAAACUUUAAAAGUUUGUGAAUAACUAAUUUUUUUUUAGUUGAUGAUUUCUGACAAAUAUCCUUUUUUUAAUGCUUAGAAUUGACGUAGGAUCUAUUAAUUUGGUGAGGGCUGCAUGAAGUUUAACCUUCUUAUAAACUACUAGCGGAAAAUGAAAGCCAGAAAAUAAACGACAUGUGUAAAUUUGAAAACCUAAUAAAUAAAUGGUCUCCUAGGAGUUGGUUUUCAAUAAGGCCUUUACCAGCGAAUUGCUAUGCGAAAUAAGGAUCUUUUUCAUUGCAGGAAGAUCAUGAAUACUUUCAACGCGGUGCGAAACAAGAACGCGGCGGUGAUGACUUCGACACGAGACAAGCGCAUUGGCCUGCGUGGCGGCGUCGACACGGACGCCGAGUUGAACACGGACGAUUUCGUUGAGGAAGAGAUUACGAUUGCUUUGAGUACAACUAAAACUCCCGCUCCGUUGAGCGAAGAAGACGAGGCAGAUUAA